AUGCAUCUACAGCGUCCUUUCUGCACUCCGCAGUGGAGGAAGCUGGAGACGGAGAGCUGCAGUACACAGCACUCAUGGCGUCAAAAGCCACCUGGUCCCCUGCACGCUCUGCCUGCACGAACAGCAUUAUUCCAACAGAAAGAUGGGAAAACAUACAGGAUUCCUGCUUUAAUCUACAUCAGUGAUGGUCAGACUUUCUUGCAUUUGCUGAAGAGCAGCACUCCAUGUGACAGUGAUGCAAAAGUGCUGGUCAUGAGGAGAGGAACACUGCAAAAUGGAUCACUUCAAUGGUCUCCUGUUCAGACGCUCUAUUCUGCUUGUUUGCCGGAUCAUCGCACCAUGAAUCCUUGUCCAGUCUACGAGAGGAAAUCCAAAACCAUAUAUCUUUUCUUUGUCUGCAUAUUAGGCAAUACCACAGAGUAUCACCAGAUUGUUACGGGUAAAAACCAAGCACGGUUGUGUUACGUCACUAGUGCAGAUUAUGGCCAAAACUGGAGCAAAAUAACCGAUUUAACGAAUAGCGUUAUUGGAGAUGAGAUCUGCGACUGGGCUACUUUUGCAGUUGGACCAGGACAUGGUAUUCAGAUGAAAAGUGGAAGACUGAUCAUUCCAGCAUAUGUUUAUUACAUACACUGUAGGUGUUUUCCUUUUCGUUUUCCACUCAUAGUCAGGCCUCAUGCUUUAUCGUUCCAUAGUGAUGACUGUGGUGUCACCUGGCAGAUGGGAGGAAAAAUCACAAUGAAAUCCUGCGAAUGUGAGAUGGCUGAGAUCAUAGACCACGCUGAUGGGAGCCAUUUGUACUGCAACGCUCGUAGUACUUGUGGCCACAGAGUGGAGGCCUUAAGUGAGAGCAGCGGGGCAGCUUUUGACAAUCCUUAUGUUGCUCAGAAACUCGUGGAGCCCUAUCAUGGCUGCCAGGGUAGCGUGUUGAGCUUCCCUGCGCCCGAGCCAUCGGAGGAAGAGGAGAAGAGCGCAAAUGACUGCUUGACUCGGUCAGACACAAAAACAUGGUUACUCUAUUCCCAUCCAACUGAUAAUAAGAAAAGGAAGGACCUUGGAGUUUACUUGAAUAAAUCGCCCUUGAAAACGUCUGGUUGGGGCCAACCGUGGAUCAUCUAUAAGGGUCCCAGCGGAUAUUCAGAUUUGACUCGGUGUGAGGAGCGAUUUGCCUGCCUCAUGGAGUGUGGAGAGAAAAGUGAGCUUGAGGAAAUAGCCUUCGUGGAAUUUAAACUCAGUGACUUCUUGUGCACCUGAAAUGGUGAAAGUACUUUCCCUGGCACGUUUUACAGGAUUGGUUCACCACAAAAUGAAAUAUUGUUCAUCUUCAGACCUUCCAAGAUAUAAAUUAUGAGUUUGUUUUUCAUUUGACCAAAUUUUGGAGAAA